AUGUCGACAACGAUAGAUUCUAUGCAUUCGCGCAGUAGUGCGGUGUUUAUUGUCACUACUGUUACCUUCAUUAUUGCGAGUACAUUUGUUGUUGCAAGGUUGGUGAGCCGAUUUGGAAUUUUGAAAUCGAGAACUUGGGACGACUGGUUUAUCAUAUUGUCUUGGCUUUUUGCAUUUGGUUUAACCUUUUCGAUUGAUUAUGCAACCACUAAAGGCUUGGGAGAACUUGAUCGUGAUAUCAAGGACGAAUGGCGCCCUGAUCUCAAAAAAGCGCAAUAUGCAUUCACUGUACUUUAUAACCCAUGUUUGAUGGCGACGAAGACUUCAAUUCUCAUCUUUUACCUCCGCUUGAGUCAAAAUACUCAAACGCUCUUGAGAUGGGCAACGUGGAUCACCCUUGCCAUUGUCAAUUUGGAUGCCGUCGUCCUUACUUUCCUCAACAUAUUUCAGUGUCAACCUGUCUCUGAUGCAUGGAUGACAAAUACAAAUGGAUCAUGUAUAUCGAUCCUCACUCUCUAUUUAGCAUCAGCUCCUGUAAAUAUCAUUACGGAUUUGGCUAUAUUGGUUUUACCGAUCCCUGUCCUGACUGGAAUGAGCCUUCCCCAGAGGCAAAAAGUGAUCUUAGUAUUCACUUUUUCCUUGGGAAUUUUCGUCACAAUUGUGGAUGUUGUCCGGAUUUAUUAUCUUCAGCAAGCCUCAAACGACUUUCAGACAUCUGUGUCAGCGCAUUCGAAUCUAGGCGUGGAAGAGAACUUUGCCUAUAAUGCUUCGCUGGCAUUCAUGUGGUCUGCUGUUGAGGUCAAUGUUGGAAUCGUGUGUGCUUGUAUUCCUACUUUGAAGCCACUCUUCAAACGAAUACUACCAGCGAUGAUUACGGAUCGAGCAUCUGGAAGGAGAACUUCGCGCGCACAGAUAACUGACAAAUCUGGGUCAAUGAGUUCUCAAAUUGGUGGCGGAGGUCUUUUAUAUUCUAUACCACCACCAAGAUCCACUCCAUUGCCUCCAGAAUCCGAUGUUCCUCUAACACCAACAUCGGAAACUCAUGCUGGAGGACAUCGUGGAGAGACAGAAGAGGAAGGACUUAAUAUGGUGGACUUUUUAACAGUGACUCCAGGAAUGGGCUUGAAUUCCCUGCGACGAAAUUCUACAGCACAUACGGCAAACACCACUUACUUUGGAUUUGUCAAUAUGAGAGUACCAAAGACAAUGAUGAAGACCCACGGAAAAGAAUCUCUCAAAUAUUGUAUCAUGGUCACCAUUCUUUUCUUCCUUUGGGGCUUCUCGUACGGAUUACUCAAUAUAUUAAAUGGCGAAAUUGCAACUUUAGCCAAUUAUACACAGAGCGAAACCAUAGGAUUAUCUGCCGCGUAUUUUGGAGGCUACGUUGCUGGAGCUUUAACAAUAGGGCAGUGGGUUUUAAGACAUAGUGGUUUCAAAGCUACCUUUAUCUCGGGACUUUGUAUAUACGGUACUGGAACAUUGAUGUUUUGGCCCUCGGCAGUUCUAACGUCUUUUACUGGCUUCAUACUCUCCAGUGUCGUGGUCGGCUUUGGUUUAUCGAUCUUAGAAACUGCAGCAAAUCCGUUCCUUACUUUAUGUGGACCGACGGAAUAUGCUGAAUUCAGGUUAAUGCUUGCGCAAAGCGUACAAGCCGUCGCAUCUCUUUUCAGUCAAGUCCUGGCAGAGAAGGUCCUUUUUGAAGGGGUUAGGAUUGAGGGUGAAAAUCAUCUAACUUUAAUUGAUGUCCAAUGGGCCUAUCUCGCCAUUGCCCUCUUCACCGUCGUACUCGCUCUUUUUUUCUAUUAUAUGCCUCUACCCGAAGCCAGCGACGCGGACCUUCAAGCACAAUCGGAACUUCUCGAAAUAUACCCAACAAAAAAGCUACCCUGGACAGGCACAUCAAUUAUUUACACGACUCUCGUCUUAGGCGUUGUAGCACAACUCUGCUACGUGGCUGCACAAGAAUGUGUAUCGGAAUUCUUCAAGCCGUUGUUAAUUUCCUACGUUCCUAGCGUUGGUAGUUUCAGAUCCACCUUCACACUAAAUGAAAAUGGAGAUUAUCUACUACUAGGGCAUGGUCUUUUUGCCAUCGGUCGUUUCGUCUUCGCACCGCUUUGCUUGAUGUUUCCACCGCGGAUUCUCUUACUCAUAGCGUUCUUUUGCCUCACCAUCUUCUCAGCUUUCAUCUUCGCCAUCAAUGAUAUAUCUCCUUCUUUCCUUGCUGCAUCGUCACUUCUAGUUUUCUUUUUCGAAGGACCUAUAUUUCCACUGGUGUUCUCGUUGACUAUUCGCGGCAUGGGAAAGGAUACGAAAUGGGCGUCGGCGUGGUUAGUUGCGUCAGCGACUGGUGGAAGUGUAUUCGUUUUUAUUAUCUUUGGUGUGCAAAAGAUUCACACCACACAAUAUUCUUUUGUAAUUAUUUUUAUGCUCUUCCUCAUGGGACUUUUAUACCCGGUGUACUUGAACUUCGGGGGUGAGGGCGUGAGGCAUCAGGUUGAUCCGAGACCUGUGAGAAUGGGAGGAGGGAUUUGGUCAGGCAAUGGAGAAGGUGGGGGAAAUGGACAGGAAAGGGGAAAUGAUAGACCGGACACGCCGCUUAGGAGGUUAAGCCGUAAGGUGUCUAUGUUAGUACAGAAGAUCAGCUUUUCUGGGAGAAAAUGUAGCACCGAACUACCCAUUGUAGAACACAGAGAGGCGAGAGAGGGAGAGGAGAAUCAUAGAUGA